CAUGCGCAAGGCCUUCUCCAAGGACAACCGCAUGGUCCCCUUGGGGAUCAUGCUGACCACUCUCAUCAUCUUCCUCUACCACUUCGAGCUGGAUCGACCAGCCCCGGUGGCAUCGCCGUUGUCUCCGUCUCCCCACACGGUGUCCACCCAGUUUGUACAGGAACAGGUGCAUUCCCCAGCAUCAACUCCCAAGGCAGACGCGCCUUCAUCGGCCUACUACAACCACAACCAUGAUCCUGCUCCCUCCCCCAUCUCCAGCUCCAGCUCCAGCUCCUCCCUCUCCAUCACCGACAUAACCCUCAUGUUCAAAACCGGCGCCUCCGUCCUCUGGAAACGCGUCCCCAUCCACCUGACCACCAGCCUCUCCCCCCAACGCAUCCCCGCCACCAACGUUCUCCUUUACUCCGACGCCCCCGAAACCAUCGGCUCGUGGAACUUCCUUGACGUUCUCGCCAACACCUCCUCCACUGUUCAACAAUCCCCAGACUUCCUCCCCUACAUCCAACAAGCCGACUACGACAACCGCCAAAACUACGCCGAAAUCUCCAACAUGCCCGGCGACGCGGCCGGCCCCGUCGGCGGCUGGAAGCUGGACAAAUACAAGUUUCUGCCCAUCGUGGCGCACGCGGGCCGCGCGCACCCAGACUCAAAGUGGUAUAUUUUCAUGGAGGACGAUUCGUAUAUCUUCCUCCCCAACCUCCUGACUCACCUUGACCGGUUCGAUCCCAGCGAGCCGUGGUACCUGGGCAGCGUGGCCUGGAUCCACGGGGACUUUUUCGCGCAUGGCGGGUCUGGAUUCGCUUUGUCACGGGGGGCGUGGGAGAAGAGUUUCGGGGCGGAUCCUGAUAUCGUGACCAAGUAUGAGGGGUUCACGGCGGAGCAUGGCUGCGGGGAUCAUAUUCUGGGCCAUGUGUUGAAGGACUAUGGGGUGGGGUUUGGGGAGGAUCCGACAGCGGAGAAUCGGUUCGCGUAUGGGUUCAACCCCGAGGCGCAUUGGUCGACGUGGUUUGAGAGUGAGAAUUGGUGUAAACCGGUCUAUAGCUGGCAUCAUACCCAUGGUAGGGAUGUGGCGAGGUUGUUUGGGUUGGAGUCGGGGUGGGACUUUUCGAAGGGUCAAUUGAGGUAUCGCGAUGUGUUCGAUGCGCUGGUGAAGCCCUAUCUGCGGACCAGAAUCGAGUGGUGGGAUAACGGGGCGGCCAAGUAUGAGAUCCGCUCGAAUAAUGUCCAGUGGGCGCAGAUCCCGGAGGGGGUCAAAGAAACUGAGACCUGGAAAAAGGGGUGGCGGUCUGUGGAUGCAUGUCAGGCGGCGUGUGUGGCCUGGGGUGAGUGCGUGCAGUGGAGUUUCUACGAAGACCGGUGCAAGAUGGACAGCAUGGUGCUGCUGGGCAGCGGGAUCCCAGAGGGUGAUUCCCGACGGCAGACAUCCUUGCCGUGGACGAGUGGGUGGAUGAAGGAGAGGAUUGAAAAGUGGGCCUGUGAUUCCGAUGUAUGAUAUGUCUAAAUUUGUAGUAGAGUAUAGCUGUACAUACCUCGUGGAUGCUGCCGUAGAUAAUGUGUAUAGCCUCAAUACCCAC